AUGAUAACUGGUGGGUUCCCCGGGAAUGCCUCCCAGAUACAAGGCAAUGGAAGUCUAGUGGUGCCCAGUCUGCUGCCAGACACUUCAGUACUCCCUGAUCGACAGGUGGCUGCUUUUAUCAUCCGCUGUGUUAUCCCUUCACUGUACUUAAUCAUUAUAAUGGUGGGUUUGCUUGGCAAUAUCACCCUAGUAAAGAUCUUCAUUACCAAUAGUGCCAUGAGAAGUGUGCCAAACAUCUUCAUCUCUAGCUUGGCAGCAGGGGACUUGUUGCUGCUGGUGACCUGUGUACCAGUGGACGCUUUCAGAUUUUUCUUUCAAGAGUGGCUGCUCGGGGAAGUGUGCUGCAAGCUUAUUCCUGCCAUCCAACUCACUUCUGUAGGGGUAUCAGUCUUCACUCUGACAGCUCUCAGUGCAGACAGAUACAAAGCUAUUGUCAAUCCAAUGGAUAUCCAGACAUCAAGUGCUGUUCUCUGGACUUGUUUAAAAGCUGCAGCCAUAUGGAUCAUUUCCAUGCUUUUGGCAGUCCCUGAAGCAGUGUUUUCUGAAGUGGCACACAUCAAUGGAACAGACAAUGUCAGCUUCAUAGCAUGUAUUCCAUACCCACAAAAUGAGGAGAUACACCCAAAGAUUCAUUCUGUCCUAAUUUUCUUGGUCUAUUAUCUCAUCCCACUUACCAUUAUUAGUGUUUACUACUACCACAUUGCAAGAACUUUAGUUAAGAGUGCACACAACAUUCCUGGAGAGUACAGCGAGCAUUCUAAGAGACAGAUGGAAACCCGAAAACGCUUGGCUAAGAUUGUCCUAGUAUUUGUCGGCUGUUUUGCCCUCUGCUGGUUUCCCAACCACGUGUUGUAUAUGUAUCGUUCCUUUAACUACAAAGAAAUUGAUCCAUCCCUGGGACACAUGAUUAUCACUCUUGUGUCUCGAGUUUUGAGCUUCUCCAAUUCUUGUGUCAACCCUUUUGCACUUUAUUUGCUUAGCGAGAGCUUCAGGAGGCAUUUCAAAAGUCAGCUUUGCUGUAAGAGAAAGCAACGUCAUGAGAGAUCAACAAGUUACCUAAUUAAUUCAUCUGCUAUCCGAAUGACAUCCCUGAAAAGCAAUGCUAGAAAUACUGUGACCAGUGUAUCCCUACUGAACGGCCACAGUUGCCAGGAAGUCUCUUUGUGA